AUGACAUAUCCAGAAGCUUUGACGGUGCUAAAACCCCAUUUUGCGCAACGGAUUUGCGAAAAUAGUACUGCUACCGAAAAUCUCGAGAAUCCAGAAGCACAUAAAGAAUUUUGUGGCGCUCUCGAGCAGUAUCAGAGCAACUACAGAAAUGCCUCAUCCGAAAACAUACUAUCGAAAAUUGAAGAAAAAUAUGAGAAACGCCGAGAGAUUUUAUCAAAGGUAGCUCGCUGGUACACUGUGCUGCGUCCGGAAUGGGAUUACCCACAGAUCCAUGUUACUUUGAGUAAUUUGAUAUUCGUACAGCAUAUGGAGCACCAGAAGUGA